CAUUAUCAGUUCAACUCUCAACCUGAGCAGACGCACAAAAUGUUCGCUCUCACAGUUAUAUCAAUCCUUCUCCAAAGUAUCCUGGUCUCGACCAAAACACAUUUUGUUUACUGGAACUCAACAAAUCCUGUGUUCAGGAUUGAUAAUACGGACAAUAUCUUGGACGUGAACAGUGGAAACCUUGCUACUGAAUAUGAUCAGAUGCACCUGAUCUGUCCGAACUCCGGAGAACAGCAUGUUGUAUACUCCGUGAGCAAGGAGGAGUAUGUCUCCUGUAGGGUAUCCAACCCUAGACCCAAGAUUGUGGCAGUUUGUGAUAAACCCGGAGCAUUUAAAUACUUUACGAUCACUUUCCGAUCCUUCAGUCCUACUCCAGGUGGUUUAGAGUUUAAACCUGGACAGACCUACUACCUAAUCUCCACCUCGACCUCCAGAGACCUCCACAGGAGGGCGGGAGGAUACUGCUCCACCCACAACAUGAAGAUG